UGACGGGCGGGGGAGUCCGGCCCUAGGAGCCGGGCAGACGAGGGGGCUGCUCGGCGCCUCUCUCACCUGGCCGGGGAUGGAGGCGGCGUGGCGCCAGGCCGGCCGGGGCAGGGGCCGAGCCCGAGCCGGCGGCCAGGCCGGGAACGGGCCCUGUGCCCGCGGGGGAGUUAUCGGUGGCGGCGCCCGGCCCGGGCCCGGCCGUGGGAGAGGAGCGGGCACUGCCUAUGUCCCGCUCACCGGCAGCAGCUCCCUGGCAGCCAGUGAAUUAUCUUCUCAGAAGAAAUUUGAUGAAAUUAAGAAGGCUAAUCAAGCGGCAGCAAAAAAGUUUGUUGAAGACCAGUUUAGUUCCUCUUCUGAAGAAGAUGAAGAUAUCGAAGGAAAACAUGUAAAAAUAUUGGCGAAAACAUUCACAACUUAUACUAAUCAAACUGAUGGUGAUGCAAGUGAACUAGAACGUACAAGACAAUAUGUGAAUGAAGCAUUUCAGUCUGGGGCUUUGACAUGCUUGAUUUGCAUUGCUUCAGUUAAGAGAAACCAAGCUGUCUGGAGCUGUUCUGGAUGUUUCUGUAUAUUUCACAUGCCAUGCAUCCAAAAGUGGGCUAAGGACAGCCUUUUUCUUAUAUCUUCUCCCUUGACAGAUGAUGAUUUUGGGAAGAAAGAUUAUCCAUGGCCUUGUCCAAAAUGUAGGUUUGAGUACAAACGAUCUGAAACUCCCACUAGAUACUACUGCUACUGUGGGAAGGUAGAAGAUCCAGAGUUGGACCCAUGGCUGGUACCUCACUCAUGUGGCCAAGUAUGUGAGAGGGAAUUUAAACCUCCAUGUGGGCAUAAAUGCCUACUGCUCUGUCACCCGGGUCCUUGUCCUCCUUGCCCAAAGAUGGUCGCAAUAGCCUGUUACUGUAAGAAGGCUAAACCAGUGCCGCGAAGGUGCAGUACCAAAGAAUGGUCAUGUCAGCUGCCAUGUGGUCGAAAACUGCCAUGUAGACAGCACAAUUGUGAGAACCCUUGUCACCCAGGAAAUUGUCAGUCUUGCCCACGAGUCAGUAAACAAAGGUGUGUCUGUGGUAGACAAACAGCAGAAAGACUUUGUGCAAGUCCAUUUUGGCAGUGUGAGCAGGUGUGUGGGAGAACUUUGCCUUGUGGUAAUCACACAUGUGAACAAGUUUGUCACUCUGGUCCCUGUGGAGAAUGUCCUCGAUCUGGGAAAAGACCUUGUCCAUGUGGGAAAUCAAUGUUUUUUUUGCCUUGUACGGAAGAUGUACCUACUUGUGGAGAUAGUUGUGACAAAGUUCUUGAAUGUGGAAUCCAUAGGUGUUCACAGCGUUGUCAUCGAGGUCCCUGUGAACUUUGUAGACAGGAAGUUGAAAAGCAGUGUCGUUGUGGAAAGCAUACUAAACGCAUGCCAUGUCAUAAACAGUAUCUCUGUGAGACAAAGUGUACUAAAAUUCGUGAUUGCCAGAAGCACCAAUGUAAGAGAAAGUGUUGUUCUGGAAACUGUCCACCUUGUGAUCAACUCUGCGGGCGGACUUUAGGAUGUAGAAAUCACAAGUGUCCUUCGGUUUGCCACAGAGGUAGUUGCUACCCAUGUCCGGAGACAAUAGAUGUGUUGUGCAAUUGCGGUAAAACUGUUCUCAAAGUACCCUGUGGCAGAGAACGUAGCACCAAGCCUCCAAAAUGCAAAGAGCUAUGCAGUCGGCCACCAACCUGCCAUCACCCCAGCCAAGAGAAACACAGUUGUCACUUUGGCCCUUGCCCUGCAUGUCGUCAGUCCUGCCAGAAAGUGUUAAAGUGCAGUCACUUGUGUCCUGCUUCUUGCCAUGAUGAAGCUCUUGUGAAGCAAACUGGCUUGCAUCAACCUGCUGGUCCCUGGGAACAGCCAUCUGAGCCAGCUUUUAUUCAAACUGCAUUACCUUGCCCCCCGUGUCAGGUUCCUGUACCAACGGAAUGUCUUGGGCAGCAUGAGGUGAGUCCUUUACCAUGUCACUCUGCGGGCCCGUACUCAUGUAAAAGAUUUUGUGGACGGCUGCUUGAUUGCCAGAAUCAUACCUGCAUGAAGGAAUGUCAUAAAUGUACCAAAGUAAAUGGUAAUGCUGACAGGCAAAAGGCUAGUCCAGAAUGUUCUCAGUGUGAGGAGGCGUGUACCAAACCACGACCACCAGGCUGUCCUCACUCGUGCGUUUUGCCCUGUCAUCCUGGCCAAUGUCCACCAUGUGUCCAAAUGCUUAAAAUAAAGUGUCACUGCAAACUCACAAACCUGUAUAUUGAAUGCAUAAAAAUAACUUGUGCUGACUUAAAAGAAAAGGAUCUUCUCAGUUCCUGCAAAAAUCAGUGUCCAAAAGAGUUGUCCUGUGGUCAUCGAUGUAAAGAGAUUUGCCAUUCGGGUGAUUGUCCUCAAAAUUGCAACCAGAAGGUUAAACUCAGAUGUCCAUGCAAGAGAAUGAAAAAGGAAUUACAAUGCAGCAAGGUACAAGAAGGCCAGGUUUCACUAGAAUGUGACACGUUGUGUAAGGAAAUGAAACAGAAAGCAUCUGAGAUAAAAGAGGCAGAAGCCAAAGCUGCUAUUGAAGAAGAAAAGCGAAGGCAACAGGCUGAACUAGAGGCUUUUGAGAACAGGUUAAAAGGACGACGAAAAAACAAGAGAAGAAAGGAUGAAGUAGAAGUUGAACAAUCAGUGUGGCAAAAAUAUAAGAAUUUUAUUGUACUGCCAGUGUGUGGAGUUGCUGUUGUGAUGCUUGCAUGGCUCAUGGCUUACAACGACUGAAAUAAUUUGAUCUAUUGUAACCCAGUUGGGCUUUGGGUACCUCUUAUUGCUAGAAUGUUAGUCUAUAUAAUAGAACUUCAUGUUCAUAAUUCAGUUGUAUAUGUAAUGGAUGUCAUGAAGGAGAAAAAAGCAUGUGAAGCUUUUAAAUCUUAGCCAACAGCACAAGAAGAUGAACUCAAAGUAGAAUCAUUUAAAGUUGUACAGUGCAUGUGGUCAUGCAGUCAAUCCUGCCCAGUUUCACCGGCUCUGUUUUAAUAUAUUGUAGUAUUUCUCAUUAAAUCCACUUUGCAAUGUCAAGCAUAGGUUUUUUUUAAAUGUAGUUGUACUGCAUACCGGGACACUUGUAAAAUGAGGUUAAAUUGAGCCAUAUUUGCAAUAAAUCAACAUAUUAUUUUUGCCAGUUUAAUAAGCAGAGGCCACUCUAUGUAUGGCAGGCUAGGCAGCUGCCUAGUAUGGCAGAUUUCUGGGCAGCUGCCUAGAAAGGAAGAUUUAGUCCAGCUGCUUCUCUGUGAUGGUGGGGGACAGUCAGGCCAAAUUUGAGUGAGGUUGUGAUCCCAUGAUGACAGAGGGGAUGGCCAGCCCAAAUUUGGCAAAGUGACCCUAGGUUGUGGUACCACUUUCUCAGAUUUGGCCUGGUCACGUUUCAGUGAUGUGAGGGCAGUGCACUGAAGUGUUGCCUAGGGCAGCAGAUUGCCUUGAGCUGCCACUGUUAAUAAAGAUUAGUAUUUUUAUUCUUUGAUUUAGAUAAAUUAUAAUUCAUACAAAACAAAAUAGGAAGAUCCAUCCUUUGGCAAAUUUAAUCAUCAUUUUAUUGAUUUAGAACUUCAAAUGGUUUAGAAGACUUGGACUUUCCACAGUGGAAAUGACAGCUUUCCUCACAAAAGAUUUAUUUACUUUGCUGGCACUAUAACAAACAGUAUGGUGGGUCCAACAUUGUUACUUUUUAAAUUCUUAAUUUUUCUGUCUCAAAAAAACCCAAAAAAACCGGAAAACACCCUAAUGGAAUCUCAGACUUGUGCUGAUCACGUGGGAAGUCGUUUGACAGUGAAGUGAGCUCUCAAAGCUGUGCUGUCUUGUGACGUCUGUUUCUUGAACAAAUUUCCUUUACAGUAUAAGGAAAAGCCCACUUUGUUUUUCUGCUUUCAUAUAUUCCUAUAGUGAUAAGUAGAGACUUACUCCAAAUCCAUGCCAUAAAGGUGGACUUUGCUCCUCCAGGCCAGAGAGCAAACAGUAUUUUUUUGUGAACACUUAUGCCAAGUAAUCCUCCUGUUGAUGUAGAGAGGAGAAAAGAGGAGGAGAUUUUCCUUAAACGGAUGUAUGAAAAUAGUUCCGUUGUCAAAUAGUAUGUUGCGGACCUGGUUGCAGCAGAAAUGUUCACAUCAAUGUGAGCAGGGCUUUGUUGAAGCAAUUCUCACCUUACUUGAAAUGAACUCAUUUUUUCUAGGACUGUGUUGGUUAUUUCUUUAUUAAAACAAAUACCUUGUAAAGUGUCUGCCUGCUUAGCUCUACUUCUAUUGCUAAAAGAGAAGGAAUCCAUCUCUCCAAAGAGAGAAACCGUGUGAAAAUCAUCUGCUCUUGCAUCAGAAGCUUUGUGUAGAUUGCUUUGAGUAUUUUGUAUCAACUUGAUGUAAAAUAUUAGAGGGAAAUACUGUCUACUUCAUGUGAAAUAUUUGUAUUAAUCAUUUUGAUUGGCAGGAAAACACAUUGCCAUUUCUAAAUUCUUUCUUUUCGUAUGUAAAAGACUUAUCCUCUUAUUGAAGGGACUAAUUCUCUCCUGAUCUGUUGGUACGAGAGAAAGAUAGAACUUAAAAUAGACAAUAUCAAAAAUAGUGGUGUAUAAUCUAAGUGCAGAAAAGCAUUUUAGUCAUUUGCACUCUUUAAAGUUGGUAUGUCUACUGCAAGCAGUGCUUGUUGAUCUAAAUAUUCAUGAAUCCUAGUAUCAAGGAAUGUGAGUGGGUUAAAACAAUCUGCAUCUUAAAUGCAACAGAUUACUAACUUUUCUUCUCUUCCACUUAUGUGAUUUUAUACAUUUGAUUCCUUACAUUUUAAUGUUGGAUGAGGAGGCUAGUCUGUUUAUGGAUGCAACAAAGUAUUGGAAGUACACCAUCAGCUAACACCUUUAUGAUCAUUUACUCAAUACUUGAAUUGUUUAUAACUUUCUUAGGGAAAAUAUUGAAGCUAGUUAUUUGCAACCGUUUAAAUAGUAUGUUUCUACUACAUUAAAACAUAAUGAACAAACAUUCAAAUAUUAAGAAUUUUAAUUUGCAAAUAAAAUAAUAAUGGAAAAGUCUAUAGCAGCACAAGUGACAUAAGUACUAGAAGGGAAGUGCCUGAUUGGCAUACAUACGUGUCAGUCUUAAAAUAUAGUAUAUUUAGCUAUGUAUUUAAGUACAAAGCAUCUUCCAAAUCUGAAUAUCUCCUGAAGGGUGCUAAGCAACCUCAUCUCCCACUAGUAUUAAUAGGAGUUAAAGGUGCUCUGUUACCUUGCAGAGGUCAUUCAGCAUCUUGGAGGAUUGGGCCCUUAGAUUGUAAGCUCCUUGGCAGCAGGAAACCCGUCACUUAUCUGUAAAGUACCAUGCAUACUAUGGCACUGUAUACCUUACAGUCAUCUGUAAAAACCCAGCCAGACAAUAAACAUGGCAUAAAAUCCA